AUGGACUCUGGAAGUCUCACUCAGAUGCACGCUCCUUUUAACCAGGCCCCCGGCAUGGGCAUGCCCUCGGGUCUCGCGUCGCGUCGCGGUGGUGCGCAGAACAUCAAGCCGCUGUCCUUUGACGCGCUGAAGUCGGCCUCCGGCGUUGACAAUGGUCUGCCCACUCCCCGCACUGCGCGCUCUCACCUGUUGGCCGGUCUGCGUACCGCCCCCAAGUCGGCUACUGUCUCGUCCUUUUCGACCCUUCCCUCCUCCCCCACGACUGCGGCCCCACAGGGCCGGAACCGCAACUCUAUGAUAGGCGGCGGCGGCGGCCUGUACGACGCGACCAACCUGUACAACAACCCUCCCAAGACAUCUCUGCCGCGCUUCGCCUCCCAGCAGCCGCAGUUGCAGCCCCAGGCCCAGGCCUACAACCCCAUGAUGGGCUUUGCCCAGCAGUACACUACUGAUCAGGUGCUGGCGCCCCCGCAGAUCAACCUCGACGAUGCUGCCCGUGAGGGCACCAUCGACCCCGCCCUUCAUGCCCAGCUGCUCUACACCAACGCGUACCUGACGGAGCAGCAACAGCGCCUCCAGCAGCAACUGCGUGCUCUCCAGGAGGCCGCUCAACAGUUCCAAAACAUGAACCUAAACGGCCAGUCCCAGAUGAUGCAGCAGCAGAUGUACCCGUCGGUCUACCAGCAGCAGCUCCAGAACACCCAGGCCAUGAUGGCUCCCACUGCUCCUCACCAGGCUAACAUGUACGGCGUCUACAAUCCUGCCGCUAGCCAGCAGUCGCUGUACAUGGACCAGACCACCCAGAGCCAGCUGAACGCUCAGCUGACGGCUCAACUCAAUGCCCAGCUUCAUGCUCAGCUGAACGCCCAGAUCCAGGCUAACCAGGCUCAACUCGUCAGCGCUUAUGCUGCUCUUCAGCAGCAGCAACAGCAGGCGCAGCAGGCGCAGCAGGCGCAACAGCAGCAGGCUCAGCAGGCCGCCAUUGGCACUCCUCGCGUCCAAGUUUCUCCUCCACCCGCGAGUGCCAACAAUAACCGGCCCGGUUUCCGCGUCCCAACCCCUCCUCGUUGCUUCGAUUCUCCGUCCGAGUCCGCUAGCAAUUUGACUCAGCAGAACGCUGCCCGUCGCCCUGGCCAUAAGAAGACCCCCUUGGGUGGCAAGACCCAGCUGAUGAUUUCGGUCAAUGAUGAGCCGCUCAAGUCGGCCGCUCCCAAGACUGCCGUCUUCCCGCUGACCCCGAUGACCUCGAGCUACGGUCCUGGCCAGGCCCGUGCUGGCGAGCACCCGAUUCGUCAGCCUCGCAACCCGCCGUCUCUGGACGAGCUGCGGUCGAAGCCGACCGCCAAACACGAGGGCAGCAAAAACUUUGUUGCCCGCACCCGUCGCUCGGCUGUGCAUAACCUUGUCCGCGCUGGCCUCGAGCGCCGUAAGGAGGCCCGCAGCUCUGGCUCCGGUAGCACCAGUCCGACCUCCGAGACCACCGAGGAGGCGAUCCAGACCCCCCUCACCGACAACGACAGCGACUCGGUGCGCAGCGGUUCCGGCAGCCUGAUCGACCGCGACGACUGCAUGUUGCCGCCGAGCACCCGCUCCAGCACCAGCAGCUGGGGAGCCAUCGGCUCAGAUCGGCCUAGCUCCCGUCAGAAGGCUGAGCGCAAGAAUAGCGCGGAGAAUGUGAGUCUGACGCCAGAUAAUGAGGGCUCUCGCGAGCAAGCUGAGAGUUUUGCUGCGCUGUUAAAGAAUCGCGGCGGCAGUGACAAGGCUGGUGCUGGUGCUGGUGUGGAGGGCCAGCGCAAGGCGCCUAGGCUUGUGCUUACUAGCGCUGAGAAGAGGAAGGCGGCUGCUGCCGCUGCUGGGGCUGUCUAA